AAGGCUGAGAACCUUUACCAUUUAAGGUUUUGUUAGUCCCAAAUGCAAAAUAAUCCUCGCUAUGAAAUUAUACGUUUGAUAAAAUGCCUGUCUAUGCAUGUCAUUUAAUUUGUAGCGUAUACAUUUUUUAAUAUUAUAUCAUAGUCCUCAUGAAUUGUGUUUGCCACCCAGAUCGCUGACAUGUACAUUCCAUUUAAUCCGGGCCUAUAGUACGGUCCUCUUGUUGGGGAUUUGUUAUAUGUAACAAUUGGUAUUGCCUCAAUUCAGGACCAGAUUAAGCAAAGUCCUUGACUAAAAAGCAAUUUCAAUGAAAAUGUUGAUGCCUUCUUCAAAUCCAGAACUAGGUUUAUUAAUCUGUGUCAAGAAAACAAGGCAUUUAUUAUUAUUUUUUCUGAUUCUUGAUUUCAAAACCUAACAGGUGCACUUUAUCAAGAUUACAUGUCAUUUCUGAUCAUAAGGGGAGAGAAUGUGAGAAUGAGUUGGUGGUUGCCACUGGCCUUUCAGUGGUCUGUUAAAUUGUACAGAUAAAUGUAUAAUAUUUUUGACCACUACAACUGUUUUGUACUUAAUGCAUUUAGCUUUUUUUGUAAUUGUGACAACUGAAAUAUUUGCCUCUGUUAAUCUUUUAUGCACAUUGUUUCAGUAUGCUCAGAUAUCUAGCCUGUUUCUUCCUUUCGAAAGGGAGGACGAGUUUACAUAAAGGUCAUCAAAUAAGAACAGGAUCUUGUUUUUGGCUCUGUACUUUAAAUACAAACAUGUCCAAGACUAGCUGCUUUUAGCAACGUGAGUGUAUUUAGCAUACACUAGCAUUUCUCUCAAUUGUAUUGGGUUGCACAAAAACAGUAAGCGGGAAACCAGAAGUUAAAUACAAUUCCAUUUCAACUUACUAUUCCGGUGGGCAGGGUGAUUGGGUUCAUUUGAAAAUAUCUAAAGGAUCGUAUUAUCAAAAGGACUUUCCAAUCGUGUGUUUCUUGUUGACCAACUUCCAUUCUGCUUACGUCAUGUUAAAAUAAAAGUCCUAUACAUGUGCCAUGUGGACAAUAAAGGAAUACAUUUUGGGGGACUUUUAUUUUUGACAGGUUAGAGAGGAAGUGGGUCUACAACAGACCCAACGUUUGGCAAGUCUGUUUCAUUUUUUAAAUAUUUUUUUAUUUGACCUUUAUUUAACCAGGUAGGCCAGUUGAGAACAAGUUCUCAUUUACAACUGCGACCUGGCCAGGAUAAAGCAAAGCAGUGCGACAAAAACAACUUCAUGGCACAUGUUCGCUCCUGUCCUUUGUCUUAACCACAAAUUAUUGUUCUCUGACAAUUACCAGUUAGAUGGAAGUACAAAUGUGUUUUAUAAAACAUGUUUCUUUUUAUGUGGGGUCAAUUGAAGAAAAAUAUAAACACAAGACAUUUUCAAAUAUUUUACUGAGUUACAGUUCACAUAAGGACAUCAAUUGAAAUAAAUAAACUAGGCUGUAAUCUAUGGAUUUCACAUGAAUGGGAAUAUAGAUAUGCGUCUGUUGUUCAGACCCCCCAAAAAAAAAAAAAAUACAAGCAUAUCACUACACAAGCAUUAACAUAUGCUGUCCAUGUAUAUGUGACCAAUGCAUUUUUAUUAUCUGAGUUGAAAAGAGGGGCAUGGCUCAGAAAUCCAGUCAGUAUCUGGUGUGACCACCAUUUGCCUCAUACAGCGCAACACAUCUCCUUUGCAUAGAGUUGAUCAGGCUGUUGAUUGUGGCCUGUGGAAUGUUGUCCCACUCUUCAAUGUAUCUGCGAAGUAUAUUGGCGGAAACUGGAACAUGCUGUUUAUCCAGAGCAUCCCAAACAUGCUCAAUGGAUGACAUGUUUGGUGAGUAUGCAGGUCAUGGAAGAACUUUGACAUUUUCAGCUUCCAGGAAUUAUGUACAGAUCCUUGCGACAUGGGGCCAUGCUUUAUCAUGCUGAAAUAUGAGGUGAUGGCGGCGGAUGAAUGGUGUGACAAUGGUCCUCAGGACCUCGUCACGGUAUAUAUGUGCAUUCAAAUUGCUAUCAACAAAAUGCAUUUGUGCUCAUUGUCUUUUGCUAAUGCCUGCCCAUAACAUAACCCCACGCCAACAUGGGGCACUCUGUUCACAACGUUGACAUCUGUAAAACGCUUGCCAACAAGAUGCCAUACACGUCUGCGGUUGUGAGGCUGGUUGGACGUACUGCCAAAUUCUCUAAAAUGACUUUGGAGGCUUAUGCUAGAGAAAUUAACAUUCAAUUCCUGCAGUCAGCACACCAAUUGCAUGAUCCCUCAAAACGUGAGACGUCUGUGGCAUUGUGUCAUGACAAAACUGCACAUUAAUGGCCUUUUAUUAUCCCCAGCACAAGUUGCACCUGUGUAAUGAUCAUGCUGUUUAAUCAGCUUCUUGAUAUGCCACACCUGUCAGGUGGAUGGAUUAUUUUGGCAAAGGAGAAAUGCUCACUAACGGAUUAAUUACAAAUUUUUGCACAAAAUGAGAGAAAUACACUAUUUGUGCAAAGAACAUUUCUGGGAUAUUUUAUUUCAGCUCAUGAAACAUGGGCCCAACACUACAUGUGGCAUUUAUAUUUUGAUUCCGUGUAGUAUAAAACAUUUCCCUUCUAUUCCUAAUUAUUGAGUGUACAGUAUUUGGCCAUUUGCACUUGCAAUUAGUUGACAUAUUGCAUAUUAAUUAAACUAAAAUGUACUUGCAUAAAGAACAGAAACCAUUCAACAGAGGUUAUUUUCAAACUGACAAUCAGAUACCCAGUCAUUCUAAUUCAGAACUCUUGGGAAGUUUUAGAUAACAGUAUAUAGGCCCUUGUAGAUAGUCCGUGUGUGAGGUGGCCCAGCCUUCACAGAGCCCCCUUUUGUCUAACCUCACCCUCUACUCUCUGACAGGACAUGACUCAGCGUGAGCGGGGGGCAGCCCUCAUAAUCCUGGAUGUUAGGGUUUUUCACUGUGGAGGAGUUCUGGACACAUACACAGUGAGAGCUGCCCGAGCCAGGAGAGAACAGUACCCUCGGUACGCCGGCCUAGUCUCUCUGCACUCCACCACUGAGGAGAGAAAAGAACAGUCCAAUCAGAGCUACGUGCUUAAAAAUACACUUCCCUGGUAAUGCUUCCAGAGCAUAGACUGAUCUCUAUGAUGGCUGUGAAUGCUUCUAUCCAUACUAGUUGAUAGGAGGCAACGAUUAAUGUUAUUUAGGCUUGAGUUAGCGCCCCCUAGUGUAUGAUAUCCUUCAGCAUGUUAGGGCCCGCACACAUUGCCACCAUCAACUUUAGGCUAGUAAAUACAAUGGCCGUGGUCGACAACAUCAAAUCCAUUGUAUAUUUUUGAUUGUUACUGACUGAUACACAUAAUAAAAGAGUAGUUACUUAUGAUUCAGGGUGAUUUGUAGAUCAAUCAGUCGGUAGUUGCCUGAACUUCCGACUGCAAUGUCAAACAUGCACAAAGUUUCUCUGUGCACCAUGAUGUCAGUUCCUCUUGGUGGAGCACCAGACCUGUCCUCUCCUGGCAGCACUCCACUCUGAGUUGCUGGCUGGGAGGUGUUACUUCUCAGCCUGGGCUUGGUCCUUGAGUGUCUGCCCCUCCUCCAGGGCUGCCUCCACCUGCAGCAAGGCCUACAGGCAUUGCAGCAUGGCCUACAGGCAUUGAUACCCACCCAUAGGAUUGUAGUCCUUGUGAUAGAAGGUCAGCCAGUCUUACAGGGACACCACCUGAGUAGAGGUCAGACUGGACACAUCAUCAGUCAGACUGGUAUCUGUAAAGUCCCCAGUGACAAAGGCCAGAGAGGGAGCAUAAAAUGAAUUCACAAGUCUGCCAAAAUCUGUAUCUUUUUAUUUUUUAUAUUUCACCUUUAUUUAACCAGGUAGGCAAGUUGAGAACAAGUUUUCAUUUACAAUUGCGACCUGGCCAAGAUAAAGCAAAGCAGUUCGGCACAUACAACGACACAGAGUUACACAUGGAGUAAAACAAACAUACAGUCAAUAAUACAGUAUAAACACGUCUAUAUACGAUGUGAGCAAAUGAGGUGAGAUAAGGGAGGUAAAGGCAAAAAAAGGCCAUGGUGGCAAAUUAAAUACAAUAUAGCAAGUAAAACACUGGAAUGGUAGAUUUGCAGUGGAAGAAUGUGCAAAGUAGAAAUAAAAAUAAUGGGCUGCAAAGUAGCUAAAUAAAUACAGUAGGGAAAGAGGUAAUUGUUUGGGCUAAAUUAUAGGUGGGCAAUGUACAGGUGCAGUAAUCUGUGAGCUGCUCUGACAGUUGGUGCUUAAAGCUAGAAGUGUAUUUUUUUAAGUGUCCGCGGCAUUUUGAAGUGUAUUUGCAAUAUAAUAUUGUACAUGUUUUCAUGUACAUGUAAUGCUUGUUCUCACUGCAGGUCUUAAAGCUCAAAUCAUUUAAAAAAAUCAGUUUUGGUAAAUAGCAUGAGACAAGUGACAAUUUGGAUUUGCAUGUGUUCAGACAGCAGUCAGUUGUCAUAGUAACAACGGGUGUGCGCUCAGUGGUGUAGACUGAUUGCUGGUGAUGCUCAGGGUUCCUAUCACGCAAGAGGUUAUGUUGCAAGCUAAGGUGACAACAAUGCCUGCCACGGAUGCGUCCCAGUUGCCUUGAAUGUUCAAAAAUCAGUGUAAGAGCACUUCUAAAGCCUUAAAGGAUAAGAUGAUGCAACUUUCAAAUGGAGUCCUUUUUUGGCUAGCCAAAUCAUUCAACUAAGUUAGCUGGCUAGGUAGAGAAAAUCACCUGUAAAGAAAUUAUAACCACCGCUAGGUCCAUAGUGCUUCAUCCCUUUUUCUACAUCGAACACCUGUUUUAGGAAUAAAUUGUAUUGGUCACAUACACGUUUUGCAGAUGUUAUUGCGGGUGUAGCGAAAUGCUUGUUUUUCUAGCUCCAACAGUGCAGUAACAUCAGUGAUCAGUGAUAUUUUGAUGCCAAACCUUCCUAUUUUCUGUUCUAUCUACAACAAGCUGCAUUGCACUUUUUGUAGACCUUUUAGCUACGGUUUCUGUCACGAGUUGAUAUAUGAAUAGGACCUGCUCUGUGCAGUAACAUCUAACAAGUAAGAUCUAACAAUUUCACAACAAUACACACACAUUUAAAGUAAAGGAAUGGAGUUAAGAAUAUAUACAUAUUUGGACGAGCAAUGUCGGAACGGCAUAGACUAAAAUACAGUAGAAUAUAAUAUAUACAUAUGAGAUGAGUAUGUAACAAAAUAUGUAAACAUUAUAGGAUGGACAGGUAAAGGCCCUUGCUGUUCUCUCCGUUGUACAGAGAUAACUCCUCUUUGGUUAUGCGCUGCUCAGGUGGUGCAUCGUCAGUGAUGUGGGCACAGUCCUGGUGUAGUAAUAGUAAAGAUGUUCUCAACUGUGGUAUUAGUAUUGCCAGUAAUACACAAAUAAAUGAAAUGAUAAACCCUAGCAUUAUGUCGAAGCCUUCGCAGCUCAGCUAUUCCUUGUCAUGUGCCGUUACAUGUUUGUCAAUUAAUUAAACAUGUUUAAAAAUAAUCGCCGUUUAUGUAUUUUUAUUUCCGGGUAUGCGUUUAAUCCACAGCGCAUGCUCACAUCAGUGCAGAGUUACAAACCACAUAGUUUAUUUAGCUCCCUGGUUUGGCUUGGUGUCCGCACGUUCAGCAAUGCACGGUAUAAUCGUGAAUCUGAGAGUUGUGUACUGCAGCUAUAUCAUGAAUACUUUUAUAUAAGAAUAGGCCUACAUCAAAUAUUGUUUCCUAUAUGCAUCUACGCUAUUUCAUGAUCCGGGCCUAGAACGUACACCUCCGCCCAUUGGGUCCAAAGUUUCUGAUGACGUAGCGAGCGAUCGAGUUGGGCACGUACUGAACGUCAAUGCGGUAGUGGAACGAAACGGAAGAACACAGGUUGGAAAGGGCUGUGGAUUUUUCAAUCCCGUUCACAAAACUGUCUCCAACCGGACCUCUACGAAUUUUAGGAAAGCCAGAGGCCGCUAUACAACAUGGGAAACGCAGAGAGCGGCUGCGGAGGUGGUAGUGGGGACGAGGAGGAUGUCGAAGCCGAGAGCCCCGGGUUCGCGGAAGGCAGUCCGGCCUCUGCGGCCACGGGCGUCGGCGUUGCUAACAGUGGAGGCUCUGGUUCUGGAAGGAGUGGAAGGGGAUCGAAUAACCCUCCAGUGCCGGGCUGCGGACCACCUACCCCAGGGGUGCUUUUAGAGCAGGUCAAACUGAGGGAGGCGGCGGCCCGCAUUAGCGACUCGGGGGUCGCCAUUCCUGAGUCGGUCCUGGCCGGGAAUGAGGGCGUCCUGGUGCGGUGGCUCGAGGACCGGUUGAGCCGGGGAGAGGAGUCUGUAAAUGUGGAACAAUUUUGCGAGAUGCUCGAGAGCCGAGACGCUCCGCGAGAUGAGUGCGAAGAGGCCUUUGGUCAGUUUGACGCAGAGGGAGAUGGAGUGGUGGACGUUGAGAACAUGCUGAUGGCUCUGAAGAACUCCAACGGGGCCAAUCUACAGGGAGAGCUGAGUCACGUGAUCCGACAACUCCAGGCAUGCACCCUAACCCCAGGAUUCGUUGACAUAUUCUCCAAGUCCAAAGACCGGUUGGGAGCGCACGCCUCAAAGAUCCUGAAGUUCCUCCACAGGAACCGUAUUCCCAGUAGUGCCAUCCCUUUCCCUGUUCUAGAGGGAUACAACAGCAUUUGUACCAUGAGGUCUACCGUGGUGCAGGACUUCCUGGAGUUCCUCCUUCAGAAGGAGAAAGACUUAGACAUCCAGUACAGGGCAGAGUUGAACCGGGACCCAGAGGUGGAUAAAGUGAAGGUGGUCACACAGUGCUACAACUUCAUAGAAGCUUCGUCCAAUGCCGCGGACAUUCACAAGAUGACCAACGGAGAGACUGUGACCUUCUGGCAGUCAGACGGCAGCGCCCGCUCACACUGGAUAAGGUUGAAGAUGAAGCCAGAUGUGGUGCUGCGUCGCCUGGCCAUCGCAGUGGCAUCCAACGACCACAGCUACAUGCCCCAGCUGGUGUCGGUGGCCGUGGGCAAGAACCGGCGAUCGCUGCAGGAGAUCAAGGAUGUGCGCAUCCCCUCCAACGUCACAGGUUACGUGGCCCUGCUGGAGAACGCCAACAUCACUCACCCCUACAUCCAGAUCAACAUCAAGCGGUGCCUGAGUGACGGUUGUGACACGCGGAUCCACGGGCUGAAGACCCUGGGCUACCAGAUCACCAAGAGUAAAGAGGUGUCUGUGUCUGAUGCCUCGGCUAUCUGGUACCUGUCACUGCUCACCUCCCUGGUCACAGCCUCAAUGGAGACCAACCCUGUCCUGGCACAGACUGUCCUACAGAGCACACAAAAAGCCUUAAAGCACAUGCCACCACUCCUAACGCCGUCGUCCACCGAGUUCCCCAAGUUCUUCUCCAUGAACAUCCUCGAGGAGGUGGACGGGUUCCUGCUCAGAAUAGCAGAUUGCUGUGUGACCCCUGAUGCAGAACUGACUCUUUUGGCCUUUGCCCUGGCCCGGGGCAGUGUGGCUAAGAUCCUCCAAUCCCUGUCUGGUAUCAGUGAGCACCUGGAGGCAGAGUACAGAGCCUCGUCCCUCAUCUCCUCCAUGGCCUCAGUCAGACUGCGCCUGCUCUAUCGCAACGGGAAGACCCUUCAGUUGCACCUGCAGGCCUGUGAUGUGAAGGGCAAAGAGGAGAAGUCGGGACCAGAGAACAUGCUGACUGAAUCCGCCGCCACUGGAGACGGGUUUCUUACAGAAAGUGGUAAGAAGAGAGCUAGCGUGAUCCUGUCUACAGAAGACCAGAGCAACUUCCAGGUCACUCAGAUGAAGGUUAAAGUCCGUAAAGGUGCCAUUGGAGCAAAGUGUGGCCUGGUGUUUGCCUACAGUGAAGGAGACACCUUUGAUGCAGAAAAACACUUCAAGAGGUUUAAGAAGUAUGACUCCUGGAACUACAAGGACUACAAGGAGUUUGUGCAAGACAAUCUGAGGAUUCCACUGCAGGCGGAGGAUGAGCCCAUUGGCUGGUUUGAGCUGGAGGAUGACUGGAACGAUGUGGAGAUCAAACUGCAGACUUGUCGCGUUGCAAAGUUCCUGAUGGUGAAGUUCCUGUGUGCGCGGCAGGACAGUGCAGAGCGUCUGGGCGUCCAGUCUCUGUCCUUUAGUGGGUACCUGUGUCCCGGGGCCGAGAGGCUGGAUGAUCUGGACGACCUGAGCCCACAAGGAGAUGGCUCAGAGGGGGACACGGUCACUGGACUCACCCUGCUCAAGAAGACCCUUUUCUUCAUCCAGCAGCUCACACGAGACAUGGUAGCCACUGAUGUGUCCCUGUUCAAGCAGAAGUUUCUACUGGAUUUCAGUGGCCUCAACCUCAUCCUGUUCUGGAGCUUCUAUAACAAACUCCGGGAGAUUGAGGGAGAGGAGGUGAUGAAGAGCAGAGUGCUGGUGCUCCAGCUGCUCCAGAACUGUUUCGCCGUGCUGCCCAGCCCCAGCUCGCUGGAAUUCAGGGGCCUAGAGGAGAGCAGGGGGACUGAGGAUGGAGCAGUAACCUCAGCAUCAGCCUCCGCAUCCCCAUCCAGCAGUAGCGAGCCAGACUCUGCCAGGGCAGUGUGGGAGCUCUACACCCACCUCUGUCAAAUUGUAGAUGGUCCGGAAGCUGAGGGGACAGUGGACAAAGCCCUGAGGAAGGAGGCAGUGAAAGCCGUUCUGAACGGAGCGGCCAUCUUCUUCCCAGACAAACAAAGCAGAAGAGACAAACUCUUCCACAUGAUGAAAAACAUCACAGAGGAGGAUCAGCCAGAGUCUGUGAAGUUGACGUUUGAAUCGCUUUGUAAUUACUUCAGUGACCAGGAUCCCAGUGGCCUUCUCCUGCUCCCUCCUAAAGGAGCUCCUUCAGACUUUGACAUCAGCCCCAUCCUCAGUGUCAUGGAGACCUUGCUACUGGUGGCCACUCGGGAAUGUGAGGUGAUGAUGGUGGAUGUGAGUGGCGGGGCCAGCAGGAAGGUGCUACUGUCUCUGUUCUGGGCUCUGCAGGGCAGCCUGCUCUCCUGGUGUUACCUGCAACUCAAAGGAGGGGCUGCUGCAGCCCCCACCGCUGCAGACCUGGCCAGAGAUAUUCUCCUCAAAUAUGUGGAUCAGUUCCUGGGCAGCACUAAGACCGUGCUGGGAGACCUGCUGCAGAGAUACAGUGGAGUUGAAAUCACUGACAAACUCAAUGGAUCCAUCCUGGCCAUGGCCACCAGACAGAUGAUGAUCUUCUUGUUGGAGCUGUGUUUCCUGGACAUCCCUCACUGUAUUCUGCUCACCAGUUUCUCCUCUCUGGUUGUGCUGCUGAAAAACCUCUCCAGUGAAACGGCAGACAUCUUCUCUAAGGUGGACCUGGAGAGCUGCCAGCAGCCCCAGCAGCCGGUGGUCCUGAGGACCUGGAACAUGGAGUCUCCUCAUAACUACGAGAACAGCAGACACGAGACCACGAUCUUCGCCUGCCCCGGGGCCACUUCCUUCGAGGUGGAGUUUGACGAACGCAGUGAGACAGAGAAGAGAUACGACUACCUAGAGUUCACAGACGCCAGAGGAGGGAAGGUCCGCUACGACAUGAAGGUCGGGACUGAGAAAUGGCCAAAGAAGGUGACGUUUGAGGCUGGACCCCAGCUGCAGUUCCUGUUCCACUCAGACAGCAGCAACAACGAGUGGGGCUAUAAGUUCACAGUGACGGCCCACGGCCUGCCUGAUAUCACUGUGUCCUGGAUGUCAGACCUACAGCUCCUGGUGGCCCGACUCAUGGGCCGCCUGGCCUCCAGAACCAUGGCCCUCAAAUCACCCCACGAGAUCCGCAGUGUGAAGGAGCUUCCUGCUGGGAAGAUGGCCCACGUCCUGUCCUCUCCUCUGUGGAAGCCUGUCUUCAGACACGGACUCAUUGAAUCUCCCCACGUCCACACAGAUGAGGUGAAGACAUGCCAGCCAGGUUGUUCUGAUUGUUUCAUGAGAUUCUGUGACGACUUUGGUCACUGGAACCCGACAGAGGAGCCACUAGACAGCAGGACUCAGUUGAUGAAAAGCCUCAUGCUGGCCUGCAAGAAGCAGCCAAUUAGGAAUGAGAUAGUUGCGGGGUGGAAGGCUGACAUGGCGGUGAAUGCCAUCUUUGCAGCCAUGAUUUACCACACGCCAGCCCUCAACCAAGCUCUCAGGAUCUAUGUAGCCAACCAGGGUGGUCAGGCGAGUCUGAGUGAAGACUUUGUGCAGGUCUUCUCACUGGCUGAGAGCAUCAAAACAUGGAUGUUGGAGAUGAAGCAGCGGUAUCUGGUGGGCAAAAUGAAUGUCUCUGAGGAGGAGAAGGAGGAGGGCCACUGUGAAGUAACCAUGGAUGGUCUCGCUGAAAAGGUCCUUGGGAAGGCCAAUCUUUUGUUGAGAUUCCCCCCCAGUGGCGCUUCUUCUCGCUUGGACACCGACUUCUCCAGGGUAGCAGAGGGCAGCGCUGUCCUCCUCCGCUCCACCUCCAUAUCAGAGGGGGACUUCCAGCCGAGCACCUCGUUGGGAACCCAGUCCUCCCAGGCAGCAGGCUCUGAGGUGGGGGGCUGUGAGGCAAGGUCUGGAGCUGUGGGCCCAAUGCCUGGACCAGGCUGCCCUCAUUCUUUCAGGGUCCAUCCCCAAGGUUCGACAGCUUCUGACCCAGGGCCGGGCCCAUCCAGCCAGGGCCUCCUGGGAUCCACAGAGAGCCUGUCUUACCAGCCAGGGGCAGCAGAGCCUGCCUCCCCCUCCACCUUCCCCCGGAAGGCUCCCUCCUUCAGCCGGGGCCGCCUCCGCCUCCUCUCCUUGCGCUCCGUGGAAGAGCCUCGCUCUGCCCCCUCUAUCAAGGAACGCUACCCUCUCCUCAAACACAUCAUCAACUUCAUGAAGGACCAGACACUGACUACUGUCAGUGUCCGGCAGACGCUGUCCUUGAACAAGGCCCAGGCUCAGAGUGUGUGUAAGGUACUGGAGACGGUGCAGCAGUGUUUACUGUCUCUGGGGAAACCACACCUCUUCCAGGCCCCCUGCAUUCUGUUCCUACAGGAACUGCUGGCCUGCCAGAAAGACUUCACCAGUUAUUUCUCCCAGUUGUCUGGAAGUGGACAGGAGCUGAGAGAGAAGGUGAGGAGGUCCUACCAUCGACUAGUCCUCAUGCUGGUGGAGGCAGUACAAGGCUUCAGCAGUCUCAACGAGAAGGUCCUGCUGCCUGCCCUUUCCUGUGUUCAGACAUGCCUGCUGCAUCUCCUGGACAUGAGCUGGGAGGUGCAGGACCUCCCCCUGUUCCUCCAGAUCAAACUACCUGACCUCCUCCUCACCAUGUCCCAGGAGAACAUCAGUGUGCACGACAUUGCCAUCAGUCAGUGGACGGAGGAGGAUGAGAUAGCAGACUACAAGAAGAACCGGGACUGGAUGGACGAGUGUGUGGACGGGAUGUUUGAGAAGUGGUAUGACAAGAUUGACGAGGAGGGUUCCAUGGAGGACAGGAGAAAGAUGCACAUGUUCAUAGCUCGUUAUUGCGACCUGCUCAACGUGGUGAUCUCCUGUGAUGGCUGUGAGAGGAUGGCCCCCUGGCACCGCUACCGCUGUCUGCAGUGUAUGGACAUGGACCUGUGCAAGACCUGCUUCCUCAGUGGUGCCAAACCUGAGGGUCACGAGGACGACCAUGAGAUGGUGAACAUGGAGUAUGCGUGUGACCACUGCCAGGGCCUCAUUGUGGGCAGCAGGAUCAACUGUAAUGUCUGUGAAGACUUUGACCUCUGCUUUGGCUGCUACAAUGCCAAGAAAUACCCCGACAGUCACCUCCCGACCCAUCGGAUCACCGUCUGUCCCAUGGUGACCAUCAGGAUCAGUGACCGCCACCGUCUCAUCCAGCCCUACAUCCACAACUACUCCUGGCUGCUGUUUGCUGCCUUGGCCCUGUACACCUCAGACCUGAGCAGCGAGAGACAGCAGGAGGGGGAGCCUCUGGGGCCAGACACCCUGACCCAGGCCUCUGCCCUGCAGACACGCUGCUCACAGCUCAUUACCGAGUGCCUGCUCAAGGGACAGACUGGCAAAGGUCUGCGGUCCUCUGCCCUGCUGUCCCUGCUGGCCUCUAAUGAGUCAGAGAGUGAGCUGUGUCCUGAGUCACCCUCCCAGGAGCUCAGCAUCAGCACCACCACAGAAGACACAUCCUCUCUGCCUGGCUCCACCACUGCUAUCUGCUCACCACUGCCCUCUAGGGACAAGAGAAAAGCCCAGGGGAAGGAGAAGGAGGUGCUGUCUCCCCCUGCUGCCCUGGAGGUGUGCUCCACGUCAGAGGGAGAAGGAGGACAGGAGAAGGGGAAGAAGAAGCUGGUGAAACAGGACACCCUAGACUCGUCCAGCCUCAGCCAGACCCCGUCUCUGUCCAGCGAGGGAACACUCUCUCCCGUGAUCAGAGCUACAGAGUCGGUCUCAGAGACCAUCACCUCUCCAACGCCUGAGGACAUAGAAGAGAUGAGAGAGAUGAUGAAGGAGAGGGAUGAGAAGAUGGAGAAGAUGGCCAAGGUGCCCAUCCAGGAGCAUGUGUUUGCAGAGUGCUCCAGAGAGAGGAUCCUGGGGCUGCUAGCUGCCAUGCUGCCUCCAGCCAAACCGGGCUCCACCCUUGCUCUGUCCAGCCUGAGCCCCAUCCUGCCCCAGCUCUUCAGGGUGGUCAUCUCCAAUGCCGGGUGUCUGAACGAGACCUACCACCUGACCCUUGGUCUCCUGGGGCAGCUGCUGCUGAGGAUACCCCCCCUGGAGGCGGACGUGGCCGUCAGAGAGGCCCUAGCCGAUAAGUACGAGCUGCUCACCCCUGGAGAGGGGGCUGCCUCCGGGGCUGACACACAGGGCUGGAAGACCACCCAGCUACUUUUCAGCCUGGGGGCUGUCUGUCUGGACAGUCGUAUAGGUCUGGACUGGGCGUGUUCGGUGGCUGAUAUCCUGCGGAGCCUGAACACCUGUCCCCAGUGGAGUGUUGUCAUAGCAGCCUUCACUGACCACUGUGUCCGGCAACUACCACAAACACUCAAACGCACCAACCUCUUCACCCUGCUGGUGCUGGUCGGCUUCCCUGAGGUGCUGUGUAUGGGCACCCAGUCAGUGUUCAUAGACAAUGCCAACGAGCAGCAUCAUAUGAUCCUACUCAAGCACUUCACCGAGAAGAACCACGCUGCUGUGGUGGAUGUUAAGACCCGCAAGAGAAAGACAGUGAAGGACUACCAGCUGAUCCAGCCACAGGACUCCAGUGCUACAGGCUCCCACAGCCCAGGGUCCCAGGUCCAGGGCAUAGGUCAGGGUCAGGGACCCCCCCAGGCCCAGCUAACCCGCUACCUCAGUAACUUCACCUCCAUCAUCAGCCACCUGCUGCAGAGCAGUCAGGACAGCAGCACCCCCGACGCUGUGGAGGCCUCCUGGGUCGUCUCACUGGCCCUCAAGGGCCUCUACAACACACUCAAGAAGCACGGCGUUGCUGAGGCCCAGGAGGCCAUCCAACAAUCCGGUCUGACCCAGCUCCUGGUGAGGAAGUGCAGUAAGGGGACAGGCUUCAGUAAGCUGUGGCUGCUCCGAGACCUGGAGAUCCUCUCCAUAAUGCUCUACUCCUCCAAGAGAGAGAUCCACAGCAUGGCCCAGGGUCAGGACGGGGAGAGGGAGGAGAAGGAGCAAGACAAGGAGCAUGACUCGGACCACUCUAGUUGUUGUACCGACGACCCCGACCCCAACCGGCCUGACCCACUGGAGGGGCUCGACGAAGAGACUAAGAUUUGCUUCCAGAUUACCCAUGAUGCCUUAAACGCGCCCCUGCACAUCCUGCGGGCCAUGUACGAGCUGCAGAUGAAGAGAACGGACUCUUUCUUUCUGGAGGUGCAGAAGAGGUUUGAUGGAGACGUGAUCAAGACGGACGAGACGAUUAGGACGCUGGCUCAGAAGUGGCAGCCCACCAAGAGACCUCGCUCUGAGGAGAGGAGCACCAAGGCCGUGGACACUGACAUGAUCGUCGUGCCCUGUGUGUCCAAGCCCAGUCACUGUGAGAAGGCUACGGAGGAGACCACGGUGGUGACUCAGAAGCUAAUCACCAACACGGAGACUGACCUCCAGUUGAGCUACGCCAAGCAGCGCCGCACCAAGUCCUCCGCCCUGCUGCACAAGGAGCUGGACGCCCGCAGCAACCGCUCUGUCAGACAGUACCUAGUCAAGGUGAACCAGGCCAUCGCCACCCUGUAUGCCCGCCACGUGCUGGCGUCGCUGCUGGCUGACUGGCCCCAGGGGGCGCCACUGAGUGAGGAGGCUCUGGAGCUGAGCGGGGCAUCACACAUGGCCUACAUCCUGGACAUGCUGAUGCAGCUGGAGGAGCGACCACUCUGGGAGAGGAUUCUACAGAAAGUGCUGGUUGGCUGCAGCCAGAGCAUGCUGGGUAGUUUGUCUCUGACAGCGUGUCAGUUCAUGGAGGAGCCUGGCAUGGCCGUGCAAGUCCGGGAGUCCAAACACCCCUACGACAACAACACUAACUUUGAGGACAAGGUGCACAUCCCAGGGGCCAUCUAUCUAUCUGUGAAGUUUGACUCCCGCUGUUAUACUGAGGAGGGCUGUGAUGAACUUAUCAUGGGCAGCAGCUCUGACUUUCUCCAGGAUCUGCACAACUUCAGCGGCUCCCCACAGAAAUGGACUGACUUCGAGAUCCCUGGGGAUACUCUGCACUACAGGUUCAUCUCAGACAUGAGCAACACAGAGUGGGGAUACAAAUUCACUGUCACUGGGGGACACAGGGGCCGCUUCCAAACAGGUUUUGAGAUCCUAAAACAAAUGUUGGCUGACGACCAAGUGCUCAGCCACCUCCCAUUGGCUGACAUCUGGGAGUGGCAGGUGGGCGUGGCCUGCCGCCAGACCGGGAACCAAAGACUGAAGGCCAUCCACCUGUUGCUCCGCCUCCUGCAGUGUCAAUCACAGAGGGGCUGUGAGCUGACCCUGCUGAGGCCUCUAUGGCAGCUGUUCAUGACCAUGGAGAGCGGUCUGAGUCAGGACCCCACCAGUAUCACUGUACUGCUGCCCCUACACAGAGCACUCACGGAGCUCUUCUUCAUCGCAGAAGCCAGGGCCAUGGAGGAAGGCAUUCUCCAGGAGUACCUAUUAGCCCUGACCACCAAUGAACAGCUCCUAGCCCGCACAGCACUGGCUCUGAAGAACAUCGCAGCCAUCAGUCUGGCUAUCAAUUAUCCCAAUAAAUCCACCAAGCUGCUCAAUACAUCCCCCUGAGAAUGGAGAGAGAGAGACGGAACAGUGGAGAGAGAGGAGGAGAAAAAGAAAGCUAGCGACUUGAAGGGGUGGAUAUCCUCACAUCCUGUCUCUGCCAGCUCUGAAAGAGGGAUGAAGGGGAUGGAGAGAAAGAAACACCCUCUGAAUGUCUUCCUACAACAGCAGAACUGUAAAAGGGAUUCACUCCUUCCUUCCCUGCUUCUAUUCUCUCUCAAUCCCAAUUUCUAUCCUCUCUCAAUCCCCCUGUUUUCCCUCUCCAUCUCUUUAUACUAUUUUUACUGACUGGGGAGAAGGGGGGCUCACUCGACAACAACACAUCACUUUAUCACAAUCCUUUUGCCUUAGGUGAAUACAAUGUAUCAGCAUCGUGUGGGUUUCAAAGAAAGAAGAUAGCCUAGCCGUGUCUCUUUGUUUCGGAUUAAGAUGCUGUAGAAGCCCCUCUGCUAAAGCAAAUUAAGUGUGCCAAAUUUGUCACCUUUCUGUGGAGAAAUAGAAGUUUAUUUUCUGUUUAUUCUUUUUAUUUUUAAACAAAAGCCACCUUGGUUUUAGAAAAUCGGUCGCUCAUGGAGAAAGCGGGUCACCUUGCCUAGCUCCCCGAAUCCCUGUCUCUCUGUGGACAAUGUAGAGCAGAACUAAAAAUACAGCUACAGCCCAGAACAGGAGAGAACAUUUCUGUUUAGGCUCCUGAGCCUCAGAUUUGUCACCAUGGGGAGAGAGAACUGAGCUGCGACCUAACAUCUCCACUGUGUUUUCUCCACAGCUUCCUCCUUUUUGUGGACAUAGAGGACAACUGUUUUUGGCCCCAGUGUCAUAUGUCUAUAUCACAGUACUUCAUUUAGGGGGUCAUACGGGGUUACUCUGGAAAUAGUCUCAUGUUGUCAUACUUUGUAGUCUCAUUCAUUUGGGAAACAGAAUGGGAGAUUUUGCAAUCUAGGUUCCUCUAUAUAUUGGAUUUCAGUAUAUUCACAUAGUAUAUUGGAUUUCAGUAUUUUCACGCAGCGACAUAAUGGGAUAAAUUGUCAUCUAGGUUCCUCUAUAUAUUGGAUUUCAGUAUAUUCCCAAGGUAUAUUGGAUUUCAGUGUAUUCACACUGACUAUAGGUAUAUGCACCUGUUGACAUGGUAAAAUGACACAGUGCAUGGACAUGGCACCAAUGUGGUUAACACGAGAACUCACUUUUGUCGACAGUCACUGGUGUUGGCUAAAUAGGACACGAGUGAAAUGCUCAACCAACACGCACCACUGUAGAGUUGUCUGCAUGACAGUGGUCAUCUAUUGAUGGGGGUUAUAAUUAUAUAUUCACACUCUGGCUGUAUACUGUACUGUUGCUUCAAAGGACACACAUGAGGGGAAAGUGUAUUCCUGCCAUUUCUGUUCAAAGCUAAGGGAGAACAGGGUUAGUCAGCUGUGUGAUAUGAAGCCCAUUGUACAGCAAACACACACACACACCGUAUAAUGUGGCUAGUUUAUUAUAGUAGCCUGGCGGUCCAUGCUUAAUGUGCCAUAACCAACGUCUAGCUUGUGUUCCUUCAUUGUCAUGCUAAAACUACUUGAGAGUUGGCUAUAACACAUACAGUAUGUGGACCUCUCUAUUAAAUAGUGAGUAUUACCUCCACAUAUCAGAACAUAUGAACUUCUUAUGUUUCAUGAUCACAUUUAGAAUUAAAUUGUUUUUGUUUUAGUUCUUUAGAUCUUUUUUUAUUUGUAUUAUUAUUCCUUUUUUCCCCCUUUUGAUAAAUUCUCCUGAUCAAAUAGAUUAAAAGACAAAUGCCCUUUAUUCUAAAACAGCUUCCUUGGGGUGAAUUGGAUCGACGAUUCUAUUGCAGUGUUAUUUAGUACGGUGAUGGAAAUUCAUUGCAAUAUUCAGAGUUCUAUUUUUGUUUGAAGUUUUGUGUGUGGCAUAAUUGAAUAGGGAAGACGACGGAUGCCAAAGAAUACCCUUUUUGUCAAAUCAUUAAAUGUGUCUGAUAUGAUAUCUCUUCCAACCAGAGCACUUUAUGGAUGUGUUAACAUAACAGCUCUGUAUUGUGUGGAAAUAGGGAGGGGGAAAAACUAUAAGAGAUGUCUUCUUUUUAUUUUGGAGGUCCUGUACUGUUAUUGAGAUCAGGUUAGAGAGGGUUAGCUGGGUGCUAGCUGACGAUGACACAGGCUGUUGGGUCUCCAGUGUUUUUGUUUACAUGAGCGUCAGCCAGUGUUGAGCAUCUGAAAACGGUCGUCACAUGACCACCAAGAUGACCCCCAACACGGGCUUCUCUUCCCUCCCGGAGAAUCCAGUUCAACAGCGCCUCACGUAUACUCCCCUACAUCUUUAUUUGGACAGGGAAGCUAAAAGUUAAAUUUGUCUCUAUAUUUACGCAUUUUGGAUUUGAGAUCAGAUGUUUUAUGAGGCGACAGUACAGAAUAUCCCCAUCUGUUUGAGAUGAUUUUCAUACAUAUCUGUUUCAUUGUUUAGAAAGGAAAGCACUUAAUGUAUCUCAUCCCCCCCCCGCCCCCAAUUUGAAGAUACCAUACGAAUUUGUCCAAAUUCACUUAGUGUAUUAAAGUAGUCAGAAGUUUAGUACUUUGGUCCCAUAUUCCUAGCACUCAAUGACGACAUCAAGCUUGUGACUCUGCAAACGUGUUGGAUGCAUUUACUAUGUGUUUGGGUUGUUUCUGUUGUGUCCAAAAUAAAUGAAUGGUAAAUAAUGAAUUAUUAUAUGAGUAAUGAAUCCACUUUAAUUGUAAAAAAGAAUAGAGUAGGUUUCUGAACACACUUAGGUGGAUGCUACCAUGAUUACGGAUAAUCAUGAAUGAAUCAUGAAUAAUGAUGAGCGAGAAAUUAGAGGCCUCAAUAUUAUAUGCCCCCAAAAAGACUAACUCCCCUUUUAUUGGUAAUGGUGAGAGGUUAGCAUGUUUUGGUGAUAUGAUCUUUGUUCCUCUGUAACUUUGUCGCUCAUCAUUAUUAACGAUUAAUUUAUGAUUAUCCGUAAUCAUGGUCACAUUCACAUUAAUGUAGAGGUGUUCAGAAACAUUUAUAUUCUUAUUUACAAUAAAAGUGAUUCCAAAGUCACAGAUUACAUUAUUUACAUUUAUUUCUCUGCAAAUGCAUCCAAGAAGUUUGAUGUAGUCACAGCUUGAUGUAGUCAUUGCAUGCUAGUAAUAUGGGACCAAAUACUAAGACAGGAAAUGACUGAUAAUACUUUAACGUGACAUAUUUUAUAAAUUCCCCAUCGUUUUAUACACUAUAAAUACAAAAGUAUGUGGACACCCUUUAAAAUGUGUGGAUUCGGCUAUUUCAGCCACACCCAUUGCUGACAGGUCUAUAAAAUUGAGCACACAUCCAUGGUAUCUCCAUAGACAAACAUUGGCAGUAGAAUGGCCUUACUGAAUAGCUCCGUGAAUUUCAACGUGGCACCGUCAUAAGAUGCCACCUUUCCAACAACUCAGUUCGUCAAAUAUCUGCCCUGUUAGAGCUGUCCCGGUCAACUGUAAGUGCUGUUAUUGUGAAGUGGAAACAUCUAGGAACAACAAUGGCUCAUCUGCGACGUGUUAGGCCACACAAACUCACAGAACGGGACCGCUGAGUGCUGAAGGGCAAAACGCGUAAAGAUCAUCUGUCCUCGAUUUUAACACUCACUACCGAGUUCCAAACUUCCUCUGGAAUCAACGUCAGCACAAGUACUGGUCGUCUCGAGCUUCAUGAAAUGGGUUUCCAUGGCUGAGCAGCCACACACAAGCCUAAGAUCACCAUGCGCAAUGCCAAGCGUCAGCUGGAGUGGUGUAAAGCUCGCCGCCAUUGGACUCUGGAGCAGUGGAAACGCGUUCUCUGGAGUGAUGAAUCACGCUUCACCAUCUGGUAGUCUGGGUUUGGCAGAUGCCAGGAGAACGCUACCUGCCCGAAUGCAGUGCCAACUGUAAAGUUUGGUGGAGGAGGGAUAAUGGCCUGGGGCUGUUUUUCAUGGUUCAGGCUAGGCCCCGUAGUUCCACUGAAGGGAAAUCUUAAAGCUUCAGUGUACAAUGACAUUGUAGACAAUUCUGUGCUUGCAACUUUGUAGGGAAGGCCCUUUCCUGUUUCAGCAUGACAAUGCCCCCGUGCACAAAGCGAGGUCCAUACAGAAAUGGUUGGUCGAGAUCUGUGUGGAAGAACUUGACUGGGCUGCACAAAGCCCUGACCUCAACCCCAUCGAACACCUUUGGGAUGAAUUGGAACGCCGACUGUGACCCAGGCCUAAUCGUUCAACAUCAGUGCCCGACCUCACUUGCUCACGACACAGACAUGACACAGACAACGCUGGAUUCCUAUCGAGCAGAUGGUUGUAAAUAAUAUUUUAUUACGUUGAAAUGACUCUCCGGUUAAGUAGUGAUGCGUGACAUAUGCCUAGUUUCCUGAAAUUAGUCAUACAUAGCUGUACGAUAAAGAAUGCGACCUACACACUUCCUUAAACCUAAAAUGAGUUAAAACGUUUUUUUAUGUGAAAAACCGACAAAGCACAUCAGUAGGACAAAUAAAAAUGCAUUUUUGCAGAGCAUCUCCCCUUGUUGAUACGGAGGACGCAUGCCGAUUAAAUGGCCAAAAUGUUGGUAAGACAUCACGAAUGUCACAAUAUUUUGGGUACAGUAAUAAAGGUGACAUAUUUUGGGUAGAUGUUCCUAAAACUGAUUAACUGUAUAGAUGGAUUAUAAAGUAUGACAAUUAUUCUUUAUUGACGUGUCAUGAAUUUACUGUGAUGUCAUCAUAUUUGUAUAUGGCUUAUUAUAAUUUUAUGUACUACUAGAUCAUAUGGAUUGAAAAGUUGUAAAAAUCAUUUAAAAAAGCCAAAGGCCAUAGCUUUCUGGGUCGUCUUGCUAGAUUGAUGAAUACAGCCAUAGUACAACAGUGCAAAGCUAAAGAGUACACUGUAAGUGAUUCUGUCCAAAUACUUAUGUCACCUUCAAAUGGGGGCACUGGAUACAUAAAAUGCUUUCAUUUAUGAACUGUAAAACAGAUAUGUAGGAUAAUACUCUCAAAAAGGUGACGUGGCCUCGUUUUAACAUUUAAUCUCAAAUCCCAAAUGCUGGAGUAUAGAGCCAAAUUAAACGUUUUUAGCUUCAAUGUCCAAAUAUGUAGGGGGGUGUAUAUACAAUGUGCCUACAGUAAAAUAAAAAAUGAAGAAAUCAUAAUUGAACUCUCAUAUUAUUGUAAAUGUCUUCAAUUAUAUUUUUAAAGAUAAAUAUAUUGUUUAAUUUGAGCUUUUUUCUAUCUUUUUACUUUUAAAGGUUUUUGUUUUUUUGUUGAAGUUUAUUUGAAACUGACUUAGGUUUGAAUGUACAUAGUUGUGAAUAUUGUUAAUUGCACAUAGUAAUAAUAAUGCAGGGGAAAAAGAGGAAAGUAUUUCAAAUCAACCCCCAUACAAAGAAGAAUUAUAAUAUAUUCUAUUGUUCUCUAAAGACGAGACAAUUUGAUUCUUUUGAUUUUGUAUGAGUGGCACAUUGGAGAAAAGGGGGUGGGGGGGGGAGUACUGCUUGGAUUGAUUUGUUAUCCGUUUUUAAUUAAAACACCAUUUUGAUGCGGUA